AUGCAGCUCUACUGGCCACUCACGUUCUUCCUGCUGGGAGCAGCCACAGGAAAAGAAAUUUGCUAUGAGGACCUCGGAUGCUUCUCUGACGCUGAGCCCUGGGCUGGGACUGCCAUCAGACCCCUGAAAAUUCUGCCCUGGAGCCCUGAAAAGAUCAGUACUCGCUUCCUGCUCUAUACCAAUGAAAGCCCUGACUCUGUGCAGAUUCUCUCCCUCUCUGAUCCAGCAACAAUCGGCGCGUCGAAUUUUCAAACAGACAGGAAGACCCGGUUCAUCAUUCACGGUUUCAUUGACAAGGCAGAUGAGAGCUGGGUGGCAGACAUGUGCAAGGACAUGCUCCGAGUGGAAGAGGUGAACUGCAUCUGUGUGGAUUGGAAGAGGGGUUCCCAGACCAGCUACACACAGGCUGCCAACAACGUGCGGGUGGUGGGCGCUCAGGUGGCCCAGUUGCUCAGCAUCCUGUCGACAAACUACAGCUACUCACCUUCUGAAGUUCACCUCAUUGGCCACAGCCUGGGAGCCCACGUGGCUGGGGAGGCAGGGAGCAGAACCCCAGGCCUGGGCAGGAUUACUGGGUUAGAUCCUGUUGCAGCAAGUUUCGAGGGCACUCCUGAGGAAGUUCGACUCGAUCCCUCUGAUGCUGACUUUGUGGAUGUGAUCCACACGGAUAUAACACCCCUGAUCCCUUUCUUGGGUUUGGGGAUGAACCAAAUGGUGGGUCACCUUGACUUCUUCCCCAAUGGAGGAGAGAACAUGCCGGGGUGCAAGAAGAAUGUUCUGUCACAGAUCAUGAACAUCGAUGGCGUCUGGGAAGGAACUCGGGACUUCGUGGCUUGUAAUCACCUGCGAAGCUACAAGUAUUACGCAGAGAGCAUCCUCAACCCGCAUGGGUUCACCGCAUAUCCCUGCACUUCCUACAAGGACUUUGAAUCUAACAAGUGCUUCCCCUGUCCGGCUCAAGGGUGUCCUCAGAUGGGCCACUAUGCUGAUAAGUUCCCCAACAAAACACAGGUCGAGCAGCAGAAAUUCUUCCUGAACACUGGAGUUGCCAGGAAUUUUGCACGCUGGAGGUACGGCAUUUCCAUAACACUGAGUGGAAGAACAGCCACUGGUCAAAUCAAAAUUGCCUUGUUUGGAAGUAAAGGAAACACUCGCCAGUACGAUGUCUUCAGGGGGAUCAUCCAACCAGGUUCCACCCAUUCAAUGGAGUUUGACACAGAGCUUGAUGUCGGAACAAUUGAGAAAGUCAAGUUUCUUUGGAAUAACUACGUGGUAAACCCAACCUUCCCCAGAGUGGGUGCAGCCAAGAUCACUGUGCAAAAGGGAGAAGACAGGACAGUGUACGACUUCUGCAGUGAGGAAGUUGUGAAAGAAGAUGUCCUGCUGACCCUCAUGCCCUGUGUAUCUCCAGGCGCUCUGUGA